CACCCAGAUACAGAUACCCCUCACAUACCGCCAACAUGUCUCUCACAAUACCCAACGCCCCGAACUCUGGCUUGUUCAAGCAGGGCUAUCAGAAUUAUGAUGCCGAAGAUGGAGCAGUUAUUCGUAAUAUUGACGCUUGCCGCACGAUCGCCCAGACCGUUCAGACCUCCCUCGGACCCUAUGGACGAAACAAGAUUGUCAUAAAUCAUUUGCAAAAAAUGAUUGUGACUUCGGACGCAGCAACUAUAUUGCGGGAGCUCGAGGUUGUCCACCCAGCAGCGAAAUUGCUUGUGAUGGCCAGCCAACAGCAAGAGGCGGAGAUGGGCGAUGGCACCAACAUGGUCAUUAUCCUCGCAGGAGAGCUUCUGAAGAAGGCCGAGGAACUUAUCAGAAUGGGCUUGAAGACCAGCGAUAUCGUCCUUGGAUACGAGAAGGCAGCGGCGGCGGCACAGACUUUCUUGGAGGAAUUGGUAUGUGAUAAGGUGGAGGACAUCCGGUCCCAAGAAGAGCUCAGCAAAGCCAUCCGCACCGUUGUAGCAGCCAAGCAGUGUGGCAGCGAAGACUUCCUCUCCAAUCUUGUUGCAGAAGCCGUCCUUGCGGUUCUCCCCAAGAACCCGGUAAACUUCAAUGUUGACAACAUCCGAGUAGUCAAGAUCAUGGGUGGCGGUUUGGAGCAGAGCAAGGUCGUCAGGGGCAUGGUUUUCCCAAGAGAACCAGAGGGCACCAUCAAGAAAGCAACUAAGGCCAAGGUCGCAGUCUUCUCAUGCCCGAUCGACAUUUCACAGACGGAGACCAAGGGAACGGUCCUACUUCACAACGCCAAGGAGAUGCUUGACUUCACAAAGGGAGAGGAGAACCAGAUCGAGACCAUCAUCAAGGAGCUCCACGACUCUGGCCUUAGGGUAAUUGUUGCAGGAUCAACUAUCGGCGAACUAGCACAACAUUACCUCAACCGCUACAACAUCCUCGUCAUCAAGAUUCUCUCUAAAUUCGAACUCCGCCGGUUAUGCAGAGUCGUCGGCGCCACACCGCUUGCCCGCCUCGGAGCACCCAUGCCAGAUGAGAUGGGCAGCAUCGACGUUGUUGAGACUUUGGAGAUCGGCGGCGACCGUGUCACCGUCUUCAGGCAAGAGAACGAGCAGACCCGCACAGCGACCCUCGUCCUCCGAGGAGCCACCCAGAACCACCUCGAUGACGUCGAGCGUGCCAUCGACGACGGUGUCAACGUCGUCAAGGCCAUCACCAGAGACGCCCGCCUUGUGCCCGGUGCAGGCGCCACCGAGAUGCAAAUCAUCGAGCGCAUUACCAAUCUUGCCGAUAAGACUCCUGGUCUCUCUCAAUACUCCAUAAGGAAGUACGGCGAGGCUUUCGAAGUCAUCCCACGAACACUCGCCGAGAGCGCCGGACUCGACGCCACCGAGGUUCUCAGCAGACUAUACACCGCCCACGCCGCACAGAAGGGCCGCAAGGACGACGAGUGGAGCGUCGGUGUCGACAUUGAGAACGAUGACAACACGGGCACCCUCGACGCAAAGGCUGAAGGCAUCCUCGACCUCUGGGUCAGCAAGAGCUGGGCCGUUAAGCUUGCCACGGACGCUGCCAGGACGGUGCUCAGCGUCGACCAGAUCAUUGUCGCCAGGCAAGCAGGUGGACCCAAGAUGCCCGGAAAGGCCCAGCAGGGUAACUGGGACAACGAUGACUAGACGAUUCACUGCGCCAUGGAACAAUGUAUCAUGAGAUAAAUAGCACUCAUAAAAAUAUUAGACCACAAACAGAGCUGAUUUGAGGUUUUAUAUAAUAACCUUGAGCUGUACAAGACUU